AUGUGCAUUAGUUACCGCCAGUUGAACAAAGUUACCAUCAAGAACAAGUACUCGUUGCCGCGUAUCGAUGAUUUGUUUGACCAGUUGCAGGGUGCUAAGGUGUUCUCUAAGAUUGACUUGAGAUUGGGGUACCAUCAGUUGAAGAUUAGGGACUCGGACAUUUCGAAGACUGCUUUCCGUACUAGAUAUGGCCAUUAUGAGUUUCUCUUGAUGUCUUUCAGCUUGACUAACGCCCCAGCGAUGUUUAUGGAUUUGAUAAACAUGGUGUUCAGGCCUUAUAUUAAUUCGUUUGUCAUUGUCUUCAUUGAUGACAUCUUGAUCUACUCACGUAUCAUGGAGGAGCACGAGCAACAUUUGAGAGUAGUGCUUCAGACAUUGCGAGAACAGAAGCUAUAUGCUAAGUUCUCUAAGUGUCAGUUU